AUGGAGAAAUUUGAUUUCAAGUUGAAAAAGAUAAUCGGGAUGGUCAUGGAACGAACGCAAUUAAGAUCACAAAACGAAGAUGAAGACGACAUCAAGAAAUGCGUCGAAGCUAUAAAGUUUAGGGAAAUGUUGCUGUCAUUAGCUAAUAAAAAUAUUUUUACACAAGGAAGGCUUGAAAACGCAUUAGCGAGAAGCGAUAUUAAGUUAAUGGAAAUAAAACCUGACACCUCCAACAUUAAGCACAGCCAUCAGCCAAACGCCGCCUCUCAUACUGAUCGCUCGCUCAUAUCUGAUCAUGAUUGUUGUGCUUGUGACUUGUUAGGAAUUCAUUUGAUGGUGUCGACGAAAAUAAAACAAAACGAAUUGUUUGUUAAAGACGACCACGAACCACCUUUCGAAUUCUUUCUUCUCAAUUUGUUUUGCUUUCCGUCAAUAAAACACUUCGAUAAAUCACAAGAUAACGAGAAAUGUUGUGAUGGGAUUUUCUUCAAGUGCCAAAUGAAAUUAUGGAAUUUUUUGUGCGAAAUUCAAAGGAAAACGUUGAUGUUGUCUUAUUCUACCGUUACUCGAUCAUUGCACACGUUGAUGCAGUGCUUGCAGAUGCUCUCGAAUGAAUGA